CGUGAUGCGCGCUCUGUCUCUCUCUCUGUGUGCGAGAUUUGCAUUUUGUUUCUGUUUCUUCGUUUCGAUCCUUCAAACGGAUUAAAGAUAAGAAUCUUUCAGAAGAAAACCAAGAUUGAUUGAUUGUUUCCUGUGAAUACUCCCUCUUCCAUUGCUGAUCCAUCACGUUACUAAAGAAGAAAUUAUAGAGAGAAAACGAGAUAUGGCAUUGGGGGCAAAAGAAAUAGUUCUGUAUAUCAGAAGAACUAGUCACAUAUUUAUUCGUGAUCAUCCCUUUGCUAUUGGCAUGGUAUUUUUUGUUCUUAUACUUUACAAGUUGUUUCCUUCUCUAUUUGUUUUUCUGGUCUCUUCCUCUCCUGUCAUUGUCUGCACUGCCCUUCUUCUUGGAAUCAUUCUCGUUUAUGGUGAACCAAAUAUCCCUGAAGUUGAAGAGGAAGAUAGAAAGACUCGGAGGUUGAGUCCUCUUAGAGUUGGAGCCGUAGUCAGUGUGGAAGGUAGAAGAGAAACUGAGGAGAUGGCAGUAAGAGAGGAUGUGUUGGGUGAUGGAAGGGCUAGCCGCGGCUGCAAGGCAGCGGUGCAGGGAUAUGGCAGGGAUGUCAGUUCCAUGGCUGCAAGCUCUUUGGUCGAUGAAGACAAGAAAGAGAAUUGUGGUAAGAAGGUUAGUGAAGAUGAGAAAAGUCGAGGUGAUGGAAUUACUAAGAAGAAAAAAUCUUCUUCAGAAAAACUAGCUGUAGGUGGAGCCAGAGCAGGUAAGGAUAUUGAGGGUGCAAUCAUCUCAAAUCAAAAAAAAGCUCGGGAUCUUAAGAAGGGAGCUGGUAGGCCUAAUUCAGACGAUGGCCUCGAUCCAUCUUUGUGUUCAUCCCAGCAUCAUGUUGAUCACCAUGAUGCUUCUUCGGGUUCUGAACCUGACCAAGCAGAGAGUUCAUCUCCUGAUGCCGCUUCUGUGUCUGAGAUCAUGCCAAUGCUUGAUGAGCUUCACCCACUUUUAGACUCUGAAUCUCCUCAGCCUGCUCUUGUAUCCAAAGACAACUCAGAUGAUGCUUCUGUAGAGUCCUCGGAUGAUGGUAGUGCAGAGGAAGAGGCUGAAAACCAGGAGGAUGAAGAUGAUGAAGGGCAGGAGGAGAAAGAUGAUGAAACCAAACCUGUGGUAACGUGGACAGCAGAUGAUCAGAAGAACCUCGUGGAACUCAAAAACUCCGAACUAGAAAGGAAUAGGAGGCUGGAAAAUGUAAUUGCAAAGCAAAGAGCGAGAAAGUUAAUGGAGAAAAAUUUAAUAGAUUUGGAUAGUAAUGACUCGUUGCCAAGCAUAGAGGAGCUGUCACGCUUUCAGGUUCAGAUUCCACCUGUUUUUCCACCAAGACGGAACCCCUUUGAUCUUCCUUAUGGUGCAGAUGAAAUUCCCGGUUCAGCUCCUUCUAGAUUACUGCCUAGACGAAACCCUUUCGAUCUUCCUUUUGAACAACCAGAUGAAACUGGUAGCUCCAUGGCAGAGAAUUUGAGCCAUCAAGAAGUUCUGACAAAUCCGCAGCGAGAUAUUUUGUUUAGAAGGCAUGAGAGCUUCACUUCAGGAGCAUUAUUUAUCGAGGAUAUUACACAAGAGAGGCGCAUCUCUCGGUUCAAGCCCUAUUUUGUUGCAGGGAGGGCUGAUGCAGAGGAGGCAGGAUUUGCUGAUGGUCGGAGAGAAUCAAGUGAGAAGAGUGACUCGAAGGUGAGUUCUCCAAAAUCUCUAGCAGCAUCUUCGGUUACCGAGCAGGAAUCUCAUAAAGAUCGACCAGAACAAGAAUUGCAUCAAGAGAGUGAUUCUCCUGCUUACCAUGAUGCUGAACCUAGUGAGCAAGAAAGUCAAUCCUCUGAUGAAGCAGAUUCAGUGGAUAUCGAACAAGUACAGAGUGGGAUUAAUCCAAGUGAUGAUCACAGCAUGGUCAUGGAAGACACUUGUCAAGCCGCUGAAGCUUCUAGAGAAGUUGGAGAGGAAACCAAUGAAGAAUUGGAACAAAAUGCCAUUAUUUCAUAUUCUGGGAAAGCUGUAGUAAUUGAUGAGAAGUAUGAGUCAGGCUUCUCCACUUCAUCAGAAGGGAAUGAGAAGAGUACUGAAGCGAGCAUUCAGGACAUUCAGGAACAAGCAGCUAGUCUGGAGCAAACACUUACUGCAGAUUCUGAUAUUCAUGAUAGGGAAGUAGAGCAAGUGGAUGAUAGUCAGGUUGUAGAACCUGUUUAUGAUUCUAGUCCAUCAGCAGUUGAAAAAACCCAAUCUCAUGUUUCAGCGCUUGAUGCAGCUCUACUCGGUGCUGGACAAGAAGGUUUCAAUUUCCACAACUCUUCAAUAUCCGACAUGCAAGCAGAUGUUUCAUUAGUGGGUUCACCCCCAAGGACAUCUCAGACGAAUAAUUCCUUAGGAGAAAGAACAAGAGAAGAGUUGGCAUCUGCUGGUGAAAUGUUUUGGGUUGCAUCGAGUUUAGCUUCUGUUGAGGAGAAUGAAUCAAGAUCAAGGGAGAUAUCUGAGAUCAGGGAGCGUGAUGUUAUUGGAGAUGAAUUAUCUGGAGUUCAUGAUGAUUUGUUUCAUCCAAUUGUGCCAAUGUUGCCAAAGGCAUCAAGUGAGCGGCAGUUACGUCGCUCAAGUUUGUCUUCACGCCGCUCAAGUUUGUCUUCACGUCGCUCAAGUUUAUCUUCGGUGGAGAGUGAAUCAAGUGAAGAUCCCAGACCUCCUCACCUCCUCUGCCUACGCCGUCUUCCACGCCUCCCGCAAGCUACCCAGCAUUGUCGAAGCAUAUUCAGCCCCAAGCAUCAUCGAAGCUCUUGUGGCCCUUGUGGUGUCCAUCACUUGGUUGAGCUCAACCACGCCUUCCUCUCCUACCCUGCUGGCAUCUACCUGGUCCACUUUCACCACCUCCUUGCCUCUGGGAUGGUAGGUGCCAUGACCUCCACUAGUGCGCUCCACCGUCAUAUCAGCAAUCAGAUCAACCUUCAUGGCAUUGCCACCAAUGGAAUGGUCACUACAGGAUACUCAGUGCUGCCUCUGGGAUGGGGGAUGAAGAGGCUCUGCUGGAAAGGUAGUGCUAGUGUUAGCAUUUCCAUUGCAUGGUGAAAGAAGCAUUAGCAUUAUCUCCUUCUCAUGUUCUGUUAGCCAGGUGAGCAUGUAUCAAUGUUAGAGCUAAUUCCAAGUGAGCCUAGAAAUUCUAGGGGUGCAAACUUGAUCCA